UUCAUGAGAUGUGAGGAGUUUUUGGUGAAGGGGAAUCCCGUUCCCUCCGAUGUAUCAAACAAAGCAUAAAAUCUUAAUUUUAUGUUUUCAUGUAUAUGUUUAUGAAUUAUAUAUCCUCUUCCUUACGCUUCAAAUCGCUCUGCCUUCAUGCUUCUUCCCACCAUUAUGAAUUUAUGAUAUAAGCGUUCAAAAACUAACGAGUCCAAGGUACGCAUCUUCCACUCUGCUUGAUUUCUCUCAAUGGGUUUCUCCCGAUUCCUCAGGCGACUUGCACAUAUCGGAGAAAGUCGUAAAACUCUCGUCGACAAAACCACAGAAUCCACCCUUAACUUCCCCUUCUCGUUUGCCAUCACUACCAAUGAAAUGGGUUCUCUCAGAUCUCUCAGCAGUUCAGUAAAACCCGGAAAAUAUCCAAGUUUCACACAGACACCUAUCUCCUCUGAUGAGAAUCUUCAUUGCAGCUCAUCUCUUUUGACAAAUAUAUGGUCAAGUGGUUCUGAUAGUACUCAAGUUUUGUCUGAGACCAACAACGAAAACCUAAAUAUUAUAGACGGUCGAAUCUCUGAAGACACUGAUAAAAUCUGCAAGAUAAUCUCGAGCCACCGCACUUCAUCUGCCAUUGAGUCCCAUCUAGAUCGCUCCGGUGUCAUUAUCUCGCCAUCUCUCGUCGAGGAAGUCCUAAAGAAGCUAAGCAAUGCGGGGGUUCUCGCUCUCUCAUUCUUCCGGUGGGCCGAGAAGCAAGAAGGGUUCAAGCAUACUGCUGAGAGCUAUAAUGCUCUCAUAGAAGCUCUGGGAAAGAUCAAACAGUUCAGAUUGAUUUGGAAUGUAGUCCGUGACAUGAAGGGUAAGAGUCUACUAACGAGGGAGACGUUUGCAUUGAUCAUUCGGAGAUAUGCGAGGGCUAGGAAGAUCAAUGAGGCGAUCGAGACAUUCGAGACGAUGGAGAAAUUCGGGAUGAAACCAGAGUUAUCGGAUUUUAACCGAUUGAUUGAUACUCUCAGCAAGUCUAGACACGUUGCGAAAGCACAGCAGGUUUUCGAUGAAAUGAAGCAUAGAAGAUUUGUGCCUGACCUUAAGACAUACACGAUUCUUUUAGAAGGUUGGGGCGAAGCAGAAAGUCUAUUGAGGGUGGAGGAAAUCCGUCGGGAGAUGAGGGACGAAGGGUUCGAGCCUGAUGUAGUUACCUAUGGUAUCAUCAUCAAUGCCUACUGCAAGAUGAGGAAAUAUGAUGAGGCAAUUGAUCUGUACCGUGAGAUGGAGGCAAAGAAUUGCAAGCCCACUCCGCAUAUCUAUUGCACACUGAUUAACGGAUUGGGUUCUGACAAGAGAUUGGAUGAAGCUCUUGAGUUCUUUCAACUAUCAAAAGCCAGUGGUUUCAUACCUGAAAUACCUACUUACAAUGCAGUUGUUGGGGCCUACUGUUGGUCAAUGCGAAUGAAUGAUGCAUUUCGAAUCGUUGAUGAGAUGAAGAGAUGUGGGGUAGGACCGAAUUCUCGGACGUUUGAUAUUAUUCUUCAUCACUUGAUAAAGGCCCGAAGAACAAAAGAAGCGUACACAGUUUUCCAGAGAAUGGGCAGCGAGGUUGGUUGUGAACCAAGCCUGAGCACUUACACAAUAAUAGUAGCAAUGUUCUGUAAGGAGGAAAGAGUCGACAUGGCUCUGAAGGUCUGGGACCAGAUGAAGUCCAAAGGAGUCCUUCCCAGUAUGCACAUGUUCUCAGCUUUGAUCAACGGUAUGUGCUAUGAGAAUAGAUUAGACGAUGCCUGCAAAUAUUUCCAAGAGAUGCUGGAUUUGGGUAUAAGGCCUCCAGCUCAGAUGUAUAGUAAUCUGAAACAGUCUCUUAUUGAGGAGGGGAAGAGCGAUAUUGCUCUAAUUUUGGGUCAGAAGCUUGAUAAAUUAAGGAAGACUCCAUUGGUUGAUAGAAAAGGAGAAAGGCUUGGAAAUGACGGUUGAAGUAUGGUGCAGAUGUCAAUCUCACUCAAUGCCUACCAGUUUGCACUUUGAAAUGUCUGUGGGAGCUAGAAGCCACUAUUUGAUCAAUCAGGCCUAUGAAAUUUUAUUUGACCAAUUUUUUCAUUUCCUAAAUGGAGUUUCCAUGGAUGAUUCACCAAUUCCUUCCAUUCAAAAUAAUGGGAUUGACUGGACUUUGUUUUGAUAACUGGAGAGACUGGAAUUCUGUAAUGUCUAAAGUUGAAUUAGUUGGGUUCAUGUUGAUUGCUCAGAGUGAUUAUAAACUCCUCAA